UGGGGGAGGCGAGACCUAGGACGGUGCGGAAAGGGACUGCUGGCCCCACCCUCAGUUCUCACACUUGGGAGGCAGGCGUAACACGUUCUCUGGGAGUGUCUGCAGCCGCGGCCACCUCCUGGAAUUUCCUCUGGGUUUACCAGCCAACCACGAGGAGUCCUUGGAGGAAACUUGGCGCCUACGUGCGGACCACUCACACCUCCCAACACCACAUCCCGAGAGCGCCCGAGCAGGGAUGGGCGGCAAGACCAGGCUGCCCUUCCCGGUGCUCCUGCUGGCCGCUCUGCCCACAGUGCUGCUGCCGGGAGUGGUUGGCUUCACGCAUUCCUUAGACAGCGACUUCACGUUUACCAUUCCGGCCGGCCGGAAGGAGUGUUUCUACCAGCCCAUGCCUCUGAAGGCCUCUCUGGAAAUCGAGUACCAAGUUUUAGAUGGAGCAGGAUUAGAUAUUGAUUUCCAUCUUGUUUCUCCAGAAGGAAGAACCUUAGUUUUUGAGCAAAGAAAAUCAGAUGGAGUUCACACGGUAGAGACUGAAGUUGGUGACUACAUGUUCUGCUUUGAUAAUACAUUCAGCACCAUUUCCGAGAAGGUGAUUUUCUUUGAAUUAAUCCUGGAUAAUAUGGGAGAACAGGAGCAAGAACAAGAGGACUGGAAGAAAUAUAUUACUGGCACAGACAUGUUGGAUAUGAAACUGGAAGAUAUCUUGGAAUCCAUCAACAGUAUCAAGUCCAGACUAAGCAAAAGUGGUCAUAUCCAAACUCUGCUUAGAGCAUUUGAAGCUCGUGAUCGAAAUAUACAAGAAAGCAACUUUGAUAGAGUCAAUUUCUGGUCUAUGGUUAAUUUAGCGGUUAUGGUGGUGGUGUCAGCCAUUCAAGUUUAUAUGCUGAAGAGUCUAUUUGAAGACAAAAGGAAAAGCAGAACUUAAAACUCCAAAUCAGAGUACCUAAUACUGAAAAAGAGAGACAAAAAAUGCAAUAAACUGUUACAGUCAAGACCAUUAAUAGUAUUUUCCAAAAUAUUUUCAGUUACUACCAUAAGUGUGAAACAAUUAUAAUUUUAAUGUGAAAGUCUUCACUUUUUUCUGUGCAAGUAAUCUUAUUGCUCCAGUAGUACUUAAGUGUGUAACAAAAUUUUACAGAAUAUAGGUAUAAUUAAGCCAUAUUAAUAAUUGAAUUUUCCUAAGUGUAAAUAAUUUUUUACAAAUGUGUCAUGGGUGAUUUAAAUAAAUGAACUUUGGGCUUAAAUGCAACACCAAACAAUGUUUUUUAAAAGAUUCCCUUACCCAGAAGUUUCUUUGUAAAUGUGGCAAUUACAAAUUAAUUGUAGAAGUUUUCAAUAUGUUAAGUUAUAAGUCAUGUGAGAAUUACUUAAUCAUGGAUUGAAUAUAUCUUUAGAAGACAAAGACCCGACUUUUCUGUUUUUUACAGAUGCAUCUCUAAUGUAAGGAGAAGCAUAGCUGUGAAAAACAGAUUCGUGAGACUUUUAUAACCAACUAUAUUUCAACUUAAAAUGCUAACAAAAGUUUUAGUUUUAUAUACUUGUCUUACAUUCCCAAAAGCUGAUAUUGUAAUUCUUAAAAAUGCUAAGUCAUACUUACUAAAAUUAGGACAAAUUAUCUCUUUGAAGUAAAACAGCUAUAGGUUGCUCAGUUUCCUUAAGGAUACAUUCAUUCUGUCUAGGGCAGGGGUGUCUCACUCAUUUUCACCGGGGGCCACAUCAGCCUUGUGGUUACCUUCAAAGGGCCGAAUGUAAUUUCAACUCCUUAACAGUUAAGGAGUAGUUACAUUUGUACAGUCUUAAAAUUAUUUCAGCCCUUUGAAGGCAACCAUGAGGCUGAUAUGGCCCCCAGUGAAAAUGAGCUUACACCCCUGGUCUCAGGUAUGGAAAUUUAAAAUUAAAUGAGGGAAAUAAUUUUGUGGGUUUUUUUUGUCAAGAAGUGUUAAUGUAAAUUUUAACAUGAUUAUUGAGUUCGAUACAUUAUUACCAGCAGUUGUGAAGAAAAUAUUGCUAAAAGAAUCUGGGCCUAACAUAAAUAAAUAUCUCCUUUUCUGAGUUCUCAAAGUCAGUAAAAAAGAACUAAUAAAAUCAGUUAGAAAGGGAUUUAAUUAAGUAUCUCUAAUCUUAUUUGCUCACAUAAUGAUCCAAUCCUAAUACAAAUCAUAAUUUCCAGUUAACUAGAAGAAACAUUACCUGGCUAUGAGUUUUACUUUUUUACAACUGUUUUAUUGUUUUCAAUUAUCUAAGUACCAUAUUCAGGUAUAUUUUAUGAAAUAUAAGGCCUACUGUAGUUUAGCACUGGGUAUACAUAUUUAUUACAAUUUUUAUUAUAACUUUCAUAAAAUAACUUCUGAUCAUUUUAUUGACAUUCAAGUGAGAUUAGAAACCCACAGAAUCCUAAAUUUGAAUACUACGUGUUAGUAACUAUGUAAAUAAAGUCUGUGCCAUCCUAGCUUACUACAGUCUGUGGAGUAUUACUCAGAUACUAGUAAUUCAGCUACAUCAUAAAUGGAAUAGAAUUUUUAGUGUAUAGCUACUUGUAACAUUGUUUAUGACAAAUAUGAUUAAAAACAAUCAACUUUUAAAUUCAAGUAUAGAACCCCUCUGUAGGUCAGUACUGCUGGAAUUCUUAAGCAAUAAUUAAUAGCCAGAGAGAAUGGUUUCAUUUGUAAUUUACAAUCAGAGUGGUGCAGAAAGAGAUUUAUUUUCCUCUUUAUGCUUUUGGGAGAACAGACACUUAGAUUUCCCUACUUUGUAGCUUUUAAAAAAUGAGAUAAAUGCCAUAUAUGAUCAGUUGCCUUCAUUGGUAAGUGCACUAAGUGUCCAAGAAUCAUCCUGUAACACUUGCAAAACAAGGACCAAUAAGGUUAUUCAUUGCCUCUGAGGAGCCCUCCCAUACACCCUACUGUUAACCUUAUAAUGGGAAGCAAACUUACUAAUAACUAAUAUACUUACUAUAACUAAUAAGACAGUACAGAUAUAAACUACUGCAUCUUUCUAUAAAACUGUGAUUAAGAAUUCUACCUCUAAAGAAUGACUAGUUACUAUACUGUACCCUAAUUCCUUACCUAACAAUGAAUUUGUUAUAUCUUCUGCACAUACUUUGACACUGAUGUUAAAUUAAACCUGUGAUUCAAUAAUGUUUUACCAUGUAACAAAUGUAACAAUAGCCUUAUUUGGAAAAGAGAGAAUUUAGGGAUACUGAGGACAAUUUUAUUUUUAUAGACACAAAGUGGAGAGAUUUAAGAAACAUGUUACGUGUAUUAACCAAAAACAAAAUUUGUAAGCAAGGACUAAGUUCUUCAAUAUUUCUAAGGAUGUAUUAUUUGCUUCAUGGUUUUUUUAAUGUCAGUAUUCAAUUUCCAAAUUAAGAUUUGUUAAAACUGAGUAAGCUGUUUAUAAAUCAACAGCUUUUUAUCAUUGGUUUUUAAUUAAACUUUUAAAAUACUACAAUAUUUAACUAAGGCCUAGCAUUUCACUCUGGUUUGCAUUUAGAUCAUUUAUAAAUAGUAUACUGUUGUUUCAUGUGAAUAUCGACAUAGAGGGUAAAUAAGUGGUUGAAAUAGCCUUGAAAUCAAAAAUUCUAAUGUAAUUUCAUAUUAUGCUCAUCUUUCUUAAGCAUUGUUAUUAUGUCUUAAAUUGACAGAGUACCUAUAAUUGUAUGCCUCCCCAAAUGAAAUUUUAAAAGAAAUUGAUACAGCAUGUAAUGGUUUUUCAUGUGAAGUAUAAUGAUGCUGAGUUGUUCAAAUUGCUUUUUUAGUUGUGAACAGCCUUAUUAAAUGAGAAAUGAAUACUGCACUAAGUAUAUAUAAUAAAAACUAAAAGUAAAAAAUUUAACUUA